CCUUGCCUCCUCGCGAAGACCUAAACCACUCGAGGCUCGAGAGUUCUCUGCAAUUAGGGUUUUCAGCUUUAUUCAGCCGCUGUUGGGAGAGAAAGAUUAAAGAUGGGUCACUCGAACGUCUGGAACUCGCAUCCAAAGAACUAUGGUCCUGGUUCUCGCGCAUGUCGUGUGUGCGGUAACCCUCAUGGCUUGAUCCGGAAGUAUGGGCUUAUGUGCUGCAGGCAGUGCUUCCGCAGCAACGCCAAGGAAAUUGGCUUCAUUAAGUACCGCUAAAGGAUUUUUCUUUUUCUUAUGAGAGAAGAAGAUGCUGAAGCAGAAUGCUGCUACUGUUCUUCCCCCUCCCCCCCUCUCUCUCCCCCCCCAUUAAUAGAAUUGAGUUAAGACAGUAAUUUGAUGACUGAUCCUACUCUGGGUAUCAUUGCUUCUCUUGUUAAAGGGCAAGUUUCAGUACUAAUGGUUUAAGUUUGUGUUUUUUGAGACAGAAAUGUGUGUUAAAGACUACGUACAAGAAUUGUCUUUCAAUUGAAGUUUGCUUUAGUAGAGUA